AUGCCCGAUGUUUCUUUCAACACCUCCAGAGGGUGUGACUCCACCGCCUCCCUGAGCAGCCACUUCCACAGUCCGACGGCAGGGCUACGACGGCGAAGGCGGCGGGAGGACGUGAGGGGGGAGUGCGGGAGGACCUCAACGGAUCUGCUGCAGCAGAGCAGGGAGAAGAGAGCCACAGGGUCAGAGUCCACAGGGACAGAGUCCCUGUCCCCAGUUCAGUAUGUUCUAACUGCCCUGACAUACCACUUCAAGAAGGUGCCAAAAAUGUCCCUGUUGUCCRCCAAAAAUCAACUCAGCAGUUAUAGAAUCUUCCAGGAGAUGGAGGAAAGCCAGCAGCUGUACUCUCUCUGCAAGAAGCAGCAUUUCUGUGACUGCACCAUCUUCAUUGGGAACAUGUGUUUUGGAGCACACAAGGUGGUUUUGGCUGUGGCCAGCCUGCUGUUUAAAUCCCUGUUGGAUAGCACAGACACCAUCUCCAUCAAUGCUUCUGUGGUGUCAUCUGAGGAGUUUGCACUCUUACUUCAGAUGAUGUAUAGUGGUAAACUCCCACUGGGGAAACACAAUUUUACCGAAGUUAUCUCUGWGGCAGAUAGUCUUCAGAUGUUUAAUGUGGCUGUUAGUUGCAAAAACCUCCUCAGGGAUCUCAUAAACUGUUCUGUUCAGGACCAGCUAGUGARAGGAGUCUCCAGCGAGGAAGCAGAUUCAUCUGGAAACCAAGCUGAAGCUAAUUACCUGCCCUGGCCUGGAAAACCUGAUGAAGGAAAAGCAUUUAUCAUCCUCACUCAAAGAGUUCCUCCUUUGCCUGGCCCUGUAGAAGCAGAAAUGGAAGCUGGUGUUUCUCCUCCUGGCCAGGAGCUUACUGUGAAUUGUACCUGGGUUCACCAGGAUGUGAUGUUGAGUGACUCCAGGUCCCUCCAGGAGGAUUGAGGCUCUGGCUCUGACCAACCUGGGCAUGCUGAUGGCUGUAUGGAAGAGGAACUUGCUGAGGCUCCAGAGGGGAAAGGGUGAUUGAGGGAUUUAGCAGCAGAGAGCAAAAGCUGUAAACUGGAUUUCUUUGUUCAGUAUGAAAGUGUUUUCUCCAAGGCUCUUUCUGAUGCUCAGGCUGUGCUGAAAAGACUUGAAGAGKGCAGAGAAAUUGAUGCCUCUCAAAAGGAGGUAGGUAUGUUUAUUCCAGGCCUCAUGUCUUUUCCAAAUCUGUUUCAAAACACGARUCCUGAGCUGAGAGCAGCUUUCCUGGAGAGGGAACAAGACAGCAGAGAAGCCCCACAACAAUCAGAGAGCAUAGCCGAAGAAGAGACGCUGACCGCUGGCUUGCUGUGCUGCAGGGAGGAGCUGAUCCAGAGUGUGACACAGCUGAGUUUUGUUACAGAGUCCUUGGAGGCAUGAAGAGAGGGAUUCCUGACCGCCUCAGAGAAGUGGGUAGUUUUGGAUUGCUGUGAAGGCAGCUCUCAGGGGGAAGCCAUGGACAAUCUGCUCAGGAAGGUGGGUGUAGAGAAAAUCCUGAAAGUGAAAAGCUUGGUCAAACUUCUGGGGGCUGUGAAAGCAUCCUUCCCUGGAAUCCAGCUUCUGCUGGACAGCUUGGUGGCAACAGAAAACAUCUCUGGUAAUAAAGUCCUACUGGUCACCACCAAAACAGUAAUUGCUAUUUCCAUAGGUCUCUUGACUGAGGGAAGAGGGGAGAAACCCGGGAUCAGGAAGUGGAAAAUGAACAGCAAAUCCCAGCUUGAAGCUCUGGAUAAAGAUGAAGACAAGGCAGGAUGUGUCAGUGACAAAGAUGCAAAAGAAUCCCAAGACAAAGCUUCUUCCAAGGAGAGUUUUGCCUGCAAAGCCUGUGAUAAGGUCUCCCACUUCUACUGCCACCUGAAACAUGCACUGCACAUGAAACACUGUCAGGUGGUAGGAGGAAAACAGUUCCAGUGUAAAGAGUGCAGAGAGUUCAAAUCAACAAAGAAGGAGCUGGAGAAGCAUCAGCCAAAGGUCCAUGGGAUGGUGGGAAUGGCCAAGAAGAAGAAGAAGAAGAAGCAGCUCCCUCUGGCAUGUGACAUCUGUGGAAGAGAGUUUGCUCAUGCUUCAAGUAGGGCUGGUGGGAGCAGAGUUCUUUCCCUUUUGCCCUCGGCUGGCCCUGGCUGUCCCAGCCCAGUCUCAGGCAGUGCUUCUCCCACAGAUUCCCAGCUUUUCUGCUGUUUGUACUGCUCCAUGACCUUCUACUCUUUGGGGGCCCUGCAGAGCCCUGGCAUCAGCCAGCACUUCACACAGACACAGAGCACCUACUGURAGCUCUGUGGGGAGCUCUUCCUCCAGAGUGAGCUGCAGGGGCACUUCAGCACUGAAUAUCCCAAAGUGACCUUCUCCCAAGCCACCACAGCCCAUAUUGUGCAGGUGACUGUAAUGUCAGAGCAAGGAGCAGCAGAGCCUUUCAUCUCUUUUGAUGAUGCCAAACUUGAGAAGAUGCCUGAAUCCCAAGUGAGACAAACUGGCUCUUAGCUGGUGGUUGUGACUAUGGAGGACUUGUUUGGUGAACUCGCUCUGAUUUGUGAAGAAACCGCGUGAGGGACAAUGGGAGGUGCCUGUGCCUGGCMCCUGCUAUCCACUAGGCUUGUUCAGCAGCUCAGUGUGCUGCUCCACCUGGGAGAUUUGGGGUUUCUUUGGGAAAGCACUCCCACACAUGCAGCAAACACAGCAUGACCAGGGACAGGAGAGGUUAAUAGAUAUUCACUGCUUGGGAAGUCUCUGCAGUUUGCCAGUUCUGGUGAGCACUCAUCUMCCCAACACAUGAGAAAUAAAACAGCAAAGGAAAAGAUGGGAAUCAGGAGGGAUCCUCUGCUGCUGUCAACAGAGGGGAGAGGACUUGAGCAGGACAAAGAUGGGUCUUACAGAUAAAGGAAACCAAAAAAAGCUCUCCUGAGAAUUUAGGAUGGAGAUUUUUAUGGCUGAAUCAGUGAUGUUCUCACAAGUAUCUUGUGCAAGGUGUGAGGGCUGCUUUGUUCCU